AUGCCGACGAAAACUGGAUUAGCUCAAAGUAUAUACAUACCAUUUCAAACUAUUUUUAUUAUAUUUCUCAUAACAAUUGUCAUUGUCAUCUUACAAAGCAUCUACGCAGCGACUCAUACUGCGAAGAUUUCAAUAUCGACGGAUGAUGAGGUCGAAAGUUUAUUAUCAAUACAAAUCCGGCAGAAUCAUUACUUAAUUCAGCCUGAUAAUGUCACGCAUCGCGGCAAAACAUUCGAAACAACUAUCCAAUGCCGCGGUCCAUUGUAUAAUCAAACAUGUCUCUUUAAAAAUUUAUAUUAUUUCAAUAGGAAAUUUGUCAUUUUCACUGUGAACGGAAGACAGUUACCCGACUGUCGUGUAUAUACAAAUGCUUUCAAUUUAUUCGAGUUUACACCACAAAAACGUAUUUUCAAAACUUAUGAGCAUCUGGAAAAGUUCGUUUUGGCACUUUCUCAUAUGCACAUCAUUCCCUCGACUACAGUUUACUUUGGACAAUACUGGAUGCAUAAUAUUGGUCAUGCACUGUUCGAUGGUUUGUAUCCGGCUUUUGUUGCUCUGAUGCGAUUUGCUCCGCGACAUCUUCAACCAUUUCGAAUCCUUGCUAGUAUAGAGCCCUGCGAUCUCUGUUGGAGUGAGGAUGUUUACAGUCGUUUCGCGGGUCUGGGACUUAUUAAACAGUAUGUCUUAAACCAUGUCUCAAAAAGCAAAUGGUUUAUGUUCGAUGAAGUGAUUAUAGGUAGUGGAAAAUUUUGUCAACGUUGCGUUCAACCACAUUUGCAAUUACCCGGCGGCGUUGAAUUGGAUGCUUCACGUUUAUUUCGUAAUCGCAUGUAUCGACAAAUGGGUCUCAUACCUCCACUUCCAAGACAGAAAUCGUCCUCUGAACGUCGAACGCCCCGUGAUAUUCUUCAGGCGUAUGUUAUUCACAACAAACGUUUCACCAAUAUCGAACAAAAACAAAUUCACAAGGCUAUUCAAGAAAUCAACACGUACACAAAUGAUUAUCUCAGCAAAACAUCUGACGAAACACUAGUGGAACCGGAAUGGCCAUUGAUCAAUGUCACUUAUUUCUAUUAUGGUAGUGUUAGUGCGCAAAUAAUCAAUGGGAAACAACUCAAACAAACAUCUACGGACUCUCGUUCACCAGUCUAUGAACUCACUCAUACUAAAUUCGCAUCUCAAUUACGAAUUAUUCGUCAAAUGGAUAUUCAUAUAACUGGUCCCGGAACCGGUCAAAUGUAUCAGACGUUUCUGCCCGAUGGAUCUGUUACAGUUAAUCUUGGUGGUUUAAGGUCGAAAGUACUGAAAAAUGUGUCUGGCUUUUAUACAUCAUUUCUUGAACAACAUGUUACAAGUGGUACACCAUAUAUCAAAGGUCUUUACUAUCCAAUUAAUAAACGACUAAGAGGAAUAAAAAAAGAUGAAGUAUUGAGAUUAAUUCGACGAGCUGGUCAAAUAAUUCUUAACGGAUUUACUUUACCCGUGAAUCCUUGGGGAAACUUAGCGCCCGAUGGACAAUUAUUUGUUGAAAUGUGCACGAGAGAUCAGAAAUUCUGUUCGUCCGUCACGAAUAGAACCAUCGAUAAGAAAUAUGCAUGUUUAGAUUUUUGGCCGGAAGAUUUUGUACACGAACAGAAACAAUGGAAACGAGAAGGUUCUGUACGUUACGGUUCUAAUGUAAGCUGUGCUUUCAAUCGAUUAUUAUUACACCAACUUCGAGAAAAAUAUCAAAUAAAACUUUAA